AUGCCUCAGUCUAAGGAGUCAGAUGAACUUAUUUUCUUUGUGAAUGGAAGAAAAAUCAUUGAGAAGAAUACAGACCCUGAAGUUAAUUUAUUGUUCUACUUGAGAAAAGUCAUCCGACUCACAGGGACAGAGUAUGGCUGGGGAGGAGGUGACUGUGGUGCCUGCACAGUGAUGAUCUCAAGAUACGACCCCAUCUCCAAAAAGAUCAGUCACUUCUCUGUCACUGCCUGCCUGGUCCCCAUCUGUUCUCUCCAUGGAGCUGCUGUCACGACUGUGGAAGGCAUAGGAAGCACCAAGUCCAGGAUUCACCCUGUCCAGGAAAGGAUUGCCAAAGGCCAUGGUACCCAGUGUGGAUUCUGUACUCCAGGUAUGGUGAUGAGCAUCUACACUCUCCUGAGGAACCAUCCAGAGCCCUCCACAGAACAGUUAAUGGAAACCUUGGGUGGUAACUUAUGCCACUGCACUGGAUACAGACCCAUUGUGGAGAGUGCAAAAAGUUUCAUCCCUAGUUCAUCUUGUUGCCAAAUGAAUGGGGAAUGGAAAGGUUGCUUGGAUAAAGAAAAAAACAAGCUGGAGAGCAAAAUCAGUAAAGUUUGCACCAAGUUGUAUGAAAAAGAAGAAUUUCAGCUCUUAGAUGCAACUUAGGAGCUUAUAUUUCCACCGGAACUAAUGAGGAUGGCAGAGGAUCCCCAAAAGAAAGUUCUGAUGUUCUAUGGAGAGAGGACUACCUGGAUUGCCCCAGGAACCCUAAAAGACCUCCGGGAACUGAAAAUGAAGCACCCCAGUGCUCCACUUGUGAUGGGCAACACUUCUCUUGGCCUUGAUUUGAAGUUCAGGAAUGUUUCCUAUCCAGUUAUCAUCUCUCCUUCAAGGAUCUUGGAAUUAUUUGUAGUGACUAACACAAAAGAAGGGUUGACUCUGGGUGCUGGCAUCAGCCUGGCCCAGGUAAAGGACAUCUUGGCUGAUGUGGCCUCUAAGCUCCCCAAGGAGAGGACACAGACUUACUGUGCUCUCUUGAAGCAUCUGAGGACCCUGGCUGGACAGCAGAUCAGGAACAUGGCUUCCCCAGGUGGCCAUAUUAUCAGCAGGCUGCCAACUUCUGAUCUCAACCCUGUUUUGGGUGUAGGCAAUUGCAUCCUCAAUGUUGCUUCAACAGAAGGAACACAGCAAAUUCCUCUAAAUGAUCAUUUUCUUGUGGGAGCAGCACAUGCAAGCCUAAAGCCAGAGCAAGUCCUAGUUUCUGUUUUCAUUCCCGUCUCUAAAAAGUGGGAGUUUGUAUCAGCUUUCAGACAGGCCCCACGUCAGCAAAAUGCCCUUGCGAUUUCAAACGCGGGAAUGCGAGUCCUUUUCAAAGAAGACACGAACACCAUUGUGGACUUAAGCAUCUCAUAUGGAGGAGUUGGCACCACUACAGUCAGCGUAAACAAAGCCUGCCAGAAGCUUAUCAGAAGGUGUUGGGAUGAAGGGUUGCUGAAUGAAGCUUGCAGGCUGGUUCUAGAAGAAAUCUCCCUUCCAGCUUCAGCCCCUGGAGGAAUGGUGGAAUGCCAAACUCUCACUAUCAGCUUCCUCUUCAGAUUUUACUUAGAUGUGUUGCAACAAUUAAAGAUAAGGAUAAAGAUGUCAUCUUUGUUCCAGGACCCCCAUGGAUACCCUGACAUCUCCAAGAAACUCUUAAACAUUCUGGAAGACUUUCCCUUGACCAUGCCUCACAGGAUGCAGUCCUUUGAGGGUGUAGACCCCCAGCAAUCCUUGCAAGACCCAGUCAGGUGCCCCAUUAUGCAUCAGUCUGGCAUUAAACACAGCACAGGGGAGGCAGUAUUCUGUGAUGAUAUGCCUGUCUUGGCAGAGGAACUCUUCCUGGCUGUGGUCACCAGCAACAGGCCACAUGCUCGAAUUAUCUCCCUUGAUGCCUCUGAGGCCCUGGCAUCACCUGGUGUGGUUGAUGUGAUAACAGCUCAGGAUGUUCCUGGGGAAAACGGCAGAGAUGAAGAGAGCCUGUAUGCACAGGAUGAGGUGAUUUGUGUGGGUCAGAUUGUCUGUGCAGUGGCUGCACAUUCUGCAAAGAAGGCUGCAAAAAAGGUGAAGAUUGUGUAUCAAGAUGUGGAGCCUGUGAUUGUGACAGUUCAGGACAGUGACCAAAGAUGCACUACAUCAUUCAUUGGACCUGAGAAAAACCUAGAACAAGGAAAUGUUCAGGCAGCAUUUCAAUGUGUUGACCAAGUUCUUGAAGGGGAAGUACACUUUGGAGGCCAGGAACAUUUUUAUGUGGAAAUUCAAAGUAUACGGGUGGUACCCAGAGCAGAGGAUAAAGAAAUGGACAUAUAUGUGUCAAGCCAGGAUGAAGCAUUUACACAGGAAAUGGCGGCUCACACCUUAGGCAUCCCAAAGAAUAGGAUCAAUUGCCAUGUGAAAAGAGUUGGUGGAGCCUUCGGAGGGAAAUCAAGCAAGCCUGGGCUCCUGGCAGCCAUGGCAGCCCAGAAGACUGGCUGCCCAAUCCGUUUUGUUCUUGAGUGUGGGGACGACAUGUUGAUAACUGGAGGGCGGCACCCACUACUAGGGAGAUACAAGAUUGGCUUUAUGAACAAUGGGAAAAUAGAGGCAGCAGACAUCGAAUUUUACAUCAAUGGAGGCUGCACACCAGAUGAUUCUGAACUGGUCAUAGAAUACGCUUUGCUCAAACUAGAAAAUACUUAUAAGAUCUCCAACCUGCAUGUCUGAGGCCACGUCUGUAAAACCAAUUUGCCAUCCAACACAGCAUUCAGGGGAUUCGGCUUUCCCCAGAGAGCAUUUGUAACAGAGACCUGGGUGUCUGCUGUGGCAGCCAAAUGCCACUUGCCACUGGAGAAGGUUAGAGAAUUAAACAUGUACAAAACAAUUGAUAGAACAAUUCACAAGCAAGAGUUUGACCCAAAGAAUCUGAUAAAGUGCUGGGAGAAGUGUAUGGAAGAUUCUUCAUACUACAGCAGGAAAAAAGCUGUGGAGAAAUUUAACCAACAGAGUUUUUGGAAGAAGAGAGGAAUUGCCAUUAUCCCCAUGAAAUUCUCAGUUGGAUAUCCAAAGACAUUUUAUUAUCAGGCUGCUGCUCUGGUCCAUAUCUACACAGAUGGGUCUGUACUAGUUGCUCAUGGAGGAGUUGAACUCAGACAAGGUAUUAACACCAAAAUGAUACAGGUGGCCAGCUGUGAAUUGAAGAUACCAGUGUCUUACAUCCACCUGGAUGAGAUGAACACUGUGACAAUGCCAAACACAAUUGCCACUGCAGCGUCCACUCGUGCCAAUGUCAAUGGGAGAGCUGUGCAGAACGCCUGUCAGAGCCUUAUGAAGCACCUGGAGCCCAUCAUCAACCAGAAUCCCAAUGGGACCGGAGAAGUCUGGGUUAAUGAAGCUUUUACUCAAAGCAUUAGUCUACCUGCCACUGGAUAUUUUAGGGGCUACAAGGCUGACAUGGACUGGGAGAAGGGAGAAGGCAACACUUUUCCUUAUUUUGUUUUUGGAGCUGCCUGUUCUGAGGUUGAAAUUGACUGUCUGACAGGCGCUCACAAGAACAUUAGAACUGAUAUUGUUAUGGAUGCUUCUUUCAGUAUAAAUCCUGCUGUGGACACAGGACAGAUUGAAGGGGCAUUUGUUCAAGGUCUUGGACUCUAUACUCCAGAGGAGCUGAAAUAUUCUCCUGAAGGAGUCCUAUAUACUCGUGGUCCAAACCAGUACAAAAUACCUUCUAUUACUGAUGUCCCCGAGGAAUUCCAUGUGUCCCUCCUAACACCAACACAAAACCCAAAAGCCAUCUACUCUUCUAAGGGCCUUGGUGAGGCUGGAAUGUUUCUGGGGUCUUCUGUGUUCUUUGCCAUUGCUGAUGCUGUGGAUGCAGCUCGCAAGGAGAGGGGCUUGCCCCCAGUUUGGGUGAUGAACAGCCCUGCCACACCGGAGCUGAUUCGUAUGUCCCGUGUGGACCAGUUUACAGACCAGGUUCCGUGAAUGGAUUCUAAAUGCUGUAAGCCUUGGUCCAUCCCUGUUGCCUAAUGAUUAGUGUUCAAGAACGGAAGAGGAU